AUGGAUGGGAAUACCAGCAACGCUGUACGCCUUGCUAAGGCAUGCAGUAUAUGCAGGCGGAAGAAGGUCAAAUGUGAUGGGACUCGGCCGGUCUGUGUCCCCUGCAGAACAUUCGACUUACCCUGCAAGUACGAAGACACCGUGCGACGCAAGAAAAGACACAACCGCGGGGGAAAUGUCCAUGAGCUAGAGCAGCGCAUUCAGUCUUUACAAGACGAAUUGAAUGAAGCACAUGCGUCCAAGAGACGGCGACUGCCGAGUGACGAAGACACAGGUCCAGACCAUGUCCAACCCUCAGAAGCAUCUGAUUCAGAGUUGCCAUCCCCGAAAAACGGCACCGCUCAAGCAUCUUUCGAGGCCGAGGCCGAUCGAGGCGAUGGCGACGGAGGGUCAUAUACCAUUAAAACUCCGAAAGGCGCAAUGCGCUUUUUUGGUGAGUAUUGGCUCACCGACUAUCGUUCCUCAAUGGUCGCACGAAUGGCUGCUGAUUCUACCGACUACGCCCAGGUGCAUCCUCUCAUUUUUCGAUCGUUGCCCCUGAGGGUGUGGGCUGGCUUGAAAGCAAGACAGAGAAACAGCAGUCGAUGGAGGCUAGCCGACUGGUAUCCUCGAGCUCUUCAAGAUGAUUUUCAAAGCAGAUGCUCGCAACCAUUACCAUCCAAGGCGGUCAUCUUAAAUCUUGUCCAAGAAUAUUUUGACACGUUCAACAAGGCCCUGCCGCUCUUCGGGCCCGAAAGUUUUAUGGGAAUGGUCAGAAGACACUUCUCAUGGAAUCCUAACGAAAGUCCCUCAUGGUGGGCUGCAUUCAAUAUUGUCCUUGCCUUUGCAUACAUGCAAAGGGCGGAUAGUUCCGGUGCCAGCAGCGACGACUGGCAAAAAUGCUUGGGUCAUGUGAAAAACGCAAUGAACGUGGUCACAGAGUUGUUCAUGCGAACCUGCGAUCUCCUCGCUGUUCAGGCGCUUCUUGGGCUGGCAAUCUUCUUCCAAGGGACGCCAAACCCACAACCUCUGUUCAUGUUUACCGCUGCAGCUGUACGGCUGGCACAAUCCAUUGGGUUGCACAAGUCCAACUCUUUUGGUCUUCCGGUGUCCCAGAUCGAAGAGCGGAAAAGAGUCUUCUGGAUAGCAUUCAUUUUGGACGCCGACAUCUGUCAGAGGACCGGCCGCCCUGCUGCCCAAGAUACUCGCGAUUACAAUACUUUACUGCCUGAUGAGAACCCACCUGAUGGCUUAGGUGUAAUGGAGAUCGGGAAUUCCACAAUCAAUUUCUUCUCAGCACUCGCCCGAUUUGCUGUGAUCCAACGGAAGGUUUGCGAUGAGCUCUAUAGCACCGAUGCAUUCAAUAAGACCCAAGAACAGUUGAUGAAAGAUGUGAGGGGUUGCUUUGACGAUCUCGAAGCAUGGAAUCGAAGUAUCCCACCGAUCCUCCAGCCCCGAAGAAACUUUUCGAUCGGCCACCAUACCUUCCUACCGCACAUCCUCAGACUUCACUUUGCAUACCAUUGUUGCUACCUCAAUAUCCACCGAGUUUGUCUACUUCCUCGGCGCUGGCCGGCCGGCCCACAGAGUGAGCGGUUCAGUCCCUCGGGUCUGUCGAAUGACCGAGAGAGAUCAAUGCAACAAUCAACAGAAGCAGCAAGAGCGGCGAUUGAACUAAUCAGUCAAGUCCGCAGACAUUACGGCCAAACAUUUGAAUGGAGCAUUGUUUACUUCCCAGGAGCAGCUUUGGUUGCGUUGUUCUCCCAAAUCCUCACUGAUCCUUUGCGUCCUGACACUGAAUCGGAUAUUGCUAUGAUACAUCGGGUUGUCAGUUUCAUAUCAAGAGUCGCAUCCCAAGAACAAGAUACAUAUUUGGACUAUGUAUUGGCAUUGUGCACUGACUUCGAAAAUGCAGCCAGGAAAGAGUUGCAUCGGGCCAGAAACCCCGAUCCAGAGCGCACGAGUGAUAAUCAACCAGUUGCCAUUCGUCCGCAGGGGCAGAUAUGGACACAGAAUGAAUACUUGGCCCCGAAUGCUUUCCCGCCUUUUUUCAGUCCUUCCCAAGCGACUGAAAAUGAUGCCAACACCAUCCAGUCUUCGAACUUGAUGUCUACAGACCAAGGUUUCUAUACUACAGGGACACUGCCGCUGCCCGCUCCUCUUUCUUGGAACUGGCAAGACAUGCUAGCAGGUGUUCCUCCGGCUUAUGGUUUUGAUGUGAAUGAUUUAGUUGAAAGCUCUGGAGAGUUGUGA